AAACCUCGAUCUCUACGCAGAUCCAUUUUAGAGAGGGAGGGAGAGAGAUGGCUUGCAGUCUAAGGUCGCUCGAUGUCCCAAUGGCUGAUAUGGGCGCACUGCACACCCGUGCUCCUUUGGCGGUUGCAGGAAUCGCGGCUGGUUCUGCUAUCUGGCGGUCUUCUGCCAGAAAAUCAUCUCGUUUUGCUUGCUUGAGCAUCUCCACUUCUUCUGGUAAACCAAAACAAGAAAUCCUCUGCCCUUCAGAGGAAUAGUCUCUGUUACCUUUGUUUUUAUAAGUUCUGAUUAAUGAGUUUACAGUAGAAAAUGUCUGUUUGGGGAAAAGUAAAUGCUAUCACUCUUGUGAAUUUGUUGACUUUUUGAUGUGUACCGAAUGGAAUCAAAUCAAUAGAAUUUUUGAAU